UUCCAGUCAAUUAUGUUUUGUAAACGUCAAAAUACGUGGCCUCCCUAAGAUUUUCAUGUUUUUUUCGCUAAAAAAAUACUGAAAACAUUUAUCAUUCCUAGUUUUUGAGCUAGUAAGACACAUAAUUCACUAUGGGUUUGUGCAAAUGCCCAAAACGUCGAGUAACAAACCAGUUUUGCUUCGAACACCGAGUAUGCGUUUGUGAGAACUGUAUGGUCACAAAUCACCCAAUUUGCGUAGUGCAGUCUUACCUACAAUGGUUACAAGACAGCGAUUACAAUUCCAUAUGUGAACUGUGCAGUAAUGAUCUCAAUGUUGAGGAUAGCAUAAGGCUCACAUGUUACCAUGUGUUCCAUUGGUCAUGCUUAGACCAUUAUGCCAGGCAGCUUCCAUCAACUACAGCUCCAAGAGGGUACACUUGCCCUUCAUGCAAAAGUCCUCUUUUUCCAGCUUCAAAUUUAAUAAGUCCUGUAGCAGAUGUUUUGAAGGAAAAACUAGCUGGUGUCAAUUGGGCCAGGGCUGGAUUAGGUUUACCAUUGUUGUCUGAAGAAAGAGAAGUCAAAUCCACGUCAGCCCCAGUGGUAACCAACAAUCACAAUGUUGCACCGCCGAGAGUGACUCCGAGCCCGUCACAUUCCGUUAUAAACGUCAACGAAGACCAAGGGGCUUUCCACAGGAUAGAAAACAGUUAUCAGAACUCCACACGCCGGGUGUUCCAGGAUAUCAGAGAUGCGAAGUCUGUGGGAUUCGAUCACGAUGAGGACAAGUAUAAGAGGAAGUCUGUGUUUGAGCUUGUCAGCAAUUGGUGGAGGAUAACGUACAGGCCCUCAGUUAGAUCAAGAGGAACUAGAUCAACGUUUAGAAGAUACUGCAUGUUAGGACUUUUUAUAAUAAUUGCUUUCACAUUGAUAAUGUAUGUGAUGUCUAGAUUAGGAAGGCAUUAUAUUCAAAACGAUCCUAGUCUAGAUAUAGUCAAUAAUGAAUUUGUUAAUGUGCGUGAUAAGUAAUUUUAAGUCUAAGAAGCUUUUUAUCAAUUAAUAUACAUAGGGUUUAUUUCAUUUUGUUACAUACGUACUGUACAGAUUUGUAUAAUAAUGUAAUAUAAUUAAUAAAUGGCUCUUUAUAAUCGAACAA